AUGUCUUUCAGAUUAUUCACUCAACAACCUGCCACCCUCCUCCGACUGGGUCUCGGCGUCGGCAUCGGUCUCUCCGCAGCAACCAUGCACCCCUUGUCACCUUUCCGCGCUGCCCCAAUGAAAUGCGAAUAUGCCGUACCUCAGCGAACAGGCGUGAGCAAUGAUGCGGGAUGGGCUGUUAAGUCUACCGAGUCAGCAGGACAGAAGCAGAGCCCGCGCGGGCAGAAUGGCCUGUUGAACGCGGAGACUAUGCGCCAGGUUAGUCUGGGGAGUGUAUUGGGGCUUGUUGCUGGGGUUGGAUUGAGAGCGUUCUCGAAAGCUUUGGUUGUGAUUUUGGGCAUGGGAGUUGUUAUUGUUGAGUACGCUGCGUCCAAAGGAUACAAUAUUCUUCCGAUCAACCGGAUUCAAAAGUAUGUUAAGAACGUUGAUUUGCGUCGCGCGAUGAGUGAGAAACGGCCGUUCAAGAUGAGCUUCGGUGCUAUGAUGGCAAUGGCGGCGUUUGCGAAUUUCUAG